AUGGCACUCAUCUACAACUGUACUGAGAUGCAGGAUCCUGGCCAUGGUUCAAAUAAAGCCCUCUUCGUGCUAGUGCGCCCCGAAGAAGAAAGCCGAGUAGCCAUGGAGGAGGACUGGGAAGGAGAGGCUAACAUGAGAGGAGAUCGCGUGGAACUCUACAAAACCCUUGGAGCCCCAGAAUUUGCUCCUAACUCAAUAACCUUUGAGGAUGUGGCCAUGGACUUCAGCCAGGAGGAAUGGGCGUUAUUGAAUUCUCGUCAGAGAAAACUGUACAGAGAUGUGAUGCUGGAGAACUAUAGAAACUUGGCAUCUCUGGAAAAGCAGCUCAGCAAACCCACUGUGAUCACCCAGAUGAAACAGGAAGAUGAAAUGAAAACAGGGACAGGAAAUCACCAAGAUACCUGUUCAAAUGGGAUGGUUCUCCUUAAAACCAAACAACCACAACAUAAGCAAGAUAUUUUGGAGAAAGAAGCACUCAGUGGCAAGAAGCAUGAAAAAACUUGCAUUAGAGAGAAAUAUUUUCAGUGUAGCCAGUGUGGUAAAGUAUUACAGAACCACUCAUCCUUUGCAUUGCACAUGAGAACCCACAGUGGAGAAAAACCCUUUAAAUGUAACCAGUGUGGGAAAGCCUACAGUUCAAGCUCUUAUCUUACACGGCACAAGAGAAUUCACACUGGGGAGAAGCCCUAUGAAUGCCGUGACUGUGGAAAAACCUUCAGAGAUAGUUCACUUCUUAGACAACAUGAAGGAAUUCAUUCAAGGGACAAACCUUACAAAUGUGAUCAGUGCAACAAAACCUUCGGUAGAAGCUCUAGGCUUACCAUGCACAAGAUAAUACAUACCAAAGAGAAGCCCUAUGCCUGCAAUGAUUGUGGGAAAACCUUCAGUAUUCUUUCAUACCUUACAAGACAUAAGAGGGUCCACACUGGUGAGAAGUCCAUUGAGUGUAGCCACUGUGGAAAAGCAUUAAGUAGUCCAUCAGCCCUGAAGACACACCUGCGGAUACAUACUGGAGAGAAACCUUACAAGUGUGAUCAGUGUGGGAGGACUUUUAGAAUGAGCUGUAAUCUUAAUGUGCACAAGAAAAUGCAUGCUGGAGAGAAACCGUGUACUUGCAAUGACUGCGGGAAAGCCUUCAGGGAUCACUCGUGCCUUAAAGAACACGUGAGAAUUCACACUGGGGAGAAACCCUUUGCAUGUAAUCAGUGUGGGAAAGCCUUCAGAGUGAAAUCUUUUCUCACUUUGCAUAAGAAAAUUCACAUGAAAAUGAAACAAUAUGAGUGUAAGGAGUGUGGGAAAGCCUUCGGUGGUCUCUUAUCUCAUAGGAGACACAUGAAAAAGCACACGAGGGAAAAGAAACCCUUCAAGUGUAAUGAGUGUGAAAAGGCUUUUAGGAGACAUGUGUCCCUUACAAUACACAUAAGAACUCACACUGGAGAGAAACCCUAUGAGUGUGAUCAAUGUGGGAAAACCUUCAGCGUAAGGUGUAAUCUUACUGUGCACAAGAGAGUCCAUACUGGUGAAAAGCCCUAUCAAUGCAGUGUCUGUGGACAUGCUUUCAGUAAGCUCUCCUCCCUUCGACGGCAUCACGAGAGCACUCAUGCUGGAUAA